AUGUCUGUUAAAUGCAAUAUAAUAAUAUAUCAAAAUUGCAUAUUAACUUGUAACUGGUGUAUGUUCUAAUUUGCUGGUCUAAUGUUAGUUAAAAACCUAAACAUCGCUUACAUAGUUUUUUUUCUUUUUGGAAAAUUCUCUUUGGUAACCACAAACUUUUAAUUUUUCUCGGUGAUAAAGCCUAAAUUUUUUUAUUAUCAAUGGUAAUCACGAAUUAAUAUUACUAAGUUAAUGAUAACUUAAGUUAAACAAUUUGUUAAUUCCUUUACCAUGGUUUAGCUAUUGAACUACAAAAAGACAUAACUACCCCAACCAAUUCUUUCUUCUUUUCUUUCCCCUUCCAUAAUUCUUUCUUGCUUAUUCCUUUCUCUUUCCUUCUCCCCGUUGCACCUCCCUAUCCAACCACCACCGCCAUUGUUAAACUACUUGUUAAGGUCGGAAUCGAAGCGAACUCAGAGUGACGCAACUUUUGCGCUGUAUAACCUCUCACUUGAUCAUAGCAACCGAGUGAAACUCUUGAAGCAAUUCAACGCAGAUGACGUCCAGCGACCAGCCACCUCCUCCCCCUAUCGGUGUCCAGCCUCCCCCACCUCUGGAUGGCGACUUGCUGCCAUUCGAACCGCAAAACCCCAGCGAAUUCAACAACAAAACUCCGACAAAUUCGACCCAAAACCAACAAGUUUGACCACUAAUUCGACAAAUUCAACCCCAAAAAUCAACAAAUUCGACCCAAAAAAUUAACAAAUUCGAUCCCAAAAUCAACAAAUUCGACCCCAAAAUCAACAAAUUCGACCCCAAAAUCACCAAAAACCCUAGAAAUUUCAAGCAAAAAUCGGGGAAGGAGAUCAGAGGGAAUCGGAGAAGGGGGGAGGGUGGCUGAUUUCGACAAGGGAGUAUGGCUGAUUCUCCGCCGGGGGAGGGGGUUGAGACGCCGUCAGCCGGGCCGAGCUGAGCGCCGGCAAGGGGAGGGGGGCUGGCGGUUGGCUGGGGAGGGGUUUUGGAUUUAUUUUUGUAAAAAAAAAUAAUUUGAAGUGUAUUUAAUGAUGGUUAAUUAUUUAAUGAUGUUUUAAUAUCAUUAAUCUUACUAUUAGCUUAGUAAUAUUAAUUCGUGAUUAUCAUUAAUAAUUAAAAGUUUCAGGCUUUUAAAUAAAAGUUUAUAAUUACGAGAGAGAAUUUCCUUUUUGUUUAAUGUUUUUUUAAAGACUCUAAUCAAUUCAAACAUCAAUUUUUACAUAAAACACUUGAAAAUAAGGGAGAUACUUAAAUGAAUUGAAUCUUCACCUUCAAAUCUCCUCAAUUACAUUAAAAUUUAAAACAAGAGUAAUCAAAUCAGCCAAACAUUAACUUGGGAGUAUAAAACAUGAAAAAGUACUCCGUAGUAGGUUGAUAUCUUCUCAGCUUCCAAAUUGAAAAAUACAAUAGAUACUCUAAUACAAAAUCAACGAAGGACAAAAAGUAAGUGGAUACAUUAAGUGUACCACAGCUCAUCACUAAAUUAAAAAACCUUAAUCGAUCUGUCAAGUUUACGUCACACCAAAUUAUUAAUUACAUUAAACCCCAAAACAGAAAAAUUAAUACAAAUAAGCGGCGACUUGCAACCGAGAUACCUCUAUUAGUAAAUCAAAAACAUUAUUUCUCUUUAUAAAGCCACCAAAUAUAUCUCAUCAAUUUAUUCAACUUCUAAUCUCUAAUUUUCCUUCUCUAAAUUGAUCGAGAUUUUUCUUUUUUAAUUUCUAGUAAUCGAAUUCAAAUCUUUGUGGACUAAAUUGAAGAUGAAGGGCUAUUGACCAACAACAUUUAUGCAUGUCUUUGAUAUUCAAACAUCUAGCUUCUCCAAGCCCGAUCAUUUUGCGAGUAAAGAUUGUUACAUGUGGUACGUAUAACACAAAGUUUUAUGAACAACAAUUUAAAUGGCCAAUUGCUUGAUGAAAAAAGUGAGUUAAACUUAGCAAUGUGCUGGUUGCUUCUUGGGAUGUGGCCAUUGCUAAAAAGAAGGGCAAGUUUUCGAGUUCGACAAGCCGGAGGAGCUUCAUACAGUGGUAGCUAAUGAGGAUCAUAUAACUUAAAAAGUGUUGCACUAUAUUGGUUAGUUCAGUUUUGUUUUAAAACAUCAUAACUUUUAAAAUACUAAUCCUGGCUGAUGGAAACUGUUGCCUUAAGGCAAAUGCUCAAAAAUCUCUGCACUAGUUCUCAAUGGAGCUAUGCUGUGUUUUGGAAACUUCAACAAGUAGAAAACUACAAGGUUUUGACCUGUGAAGACGUGUAUUGUGACUCCGAAAAGUCGUUACAGCAACCAUGUCAAAGCAUAUUAAGCGAUCCUAAUAACUCAAGACAAGAAGAUGUACAAAGUUUUGGAUAUGGAACUAAUAUAUGCAAUGAUGUACAUUCCUUGGGAGUAGGCUAUCCUAUUGGAUUUGCAGUUGCUGAUAUGUCAUGUUGUCAAUAUUUGCUAGGAGAGGGGAUGGUGGGAAGAGUGGCAUUCGCAGAGAGUAAUUUCUGGAUUUAUUCAGACGACAUUGAAUCAAUUGAGCUCAUUUCCAACUUAGGGGUGAGUUUUGACUUGUUUAAUUUGCAUGACAAUUUUAAUUUUCCUAACUUAAUGCUGGUUUUUUUUUUUUUUUUUUUUUUUUUUUUUUUUUUUUUUUUUUUUCUUUUUUGUAAGCAGUAUGCUGAUGAUUGGCUUCUUCCCAUUGGAGCAGGAAUCAAGACAACAUUACUAGCACCUUUGUUACCAAAUGGAGUUUUGCAAUUGGGCUCGUUUGAAAAGGUUGAUGAAAGUCUAGCCGUUUGUGCUGAUAUAAGAGAUAGAUUCUUCACUCUUACCUACAUGCCAACCAUCGCGUUACCUAGUUAUGUUGAUGAUCAUCUUCUUUGCUCGUCGAUUCUGAUGGCUGUACCAGAAAACAACAAUGAAUCAUCUUUCACUUACAACAACCUACGAAGUAUGGAAUAUGAGGAUACAAAUAUAAUUCAUGAUGCAGAAUUCAUAGAAAAUGAUUUGCCAGCCACUUAUGAUCAACUUGUUCCUUUCAUGGAGGAAAAUUUUCUCGAACUUGAGGAAAUUUCCUGCAUUAUUGAUGAUCAGAAUAUGUUUUAUCCAUACUUGAAUACCAAUAUCGAACCAAUUACAAGCGAGCCUUUUAGUACUGAUACACCAUCUGCAACAGCAAUGUGGAUGUUUUCUUGCCAUGAAGAAGAUUUCAAUGAUGCCAUAGUCUCUGAAGAAUCGUCUGGUGGUAUAUGUUCUGAUUCUGUUCUCAAACAAGUGAAUUGUUCAACUGCAGCUGGAUUUGCAGUAAAUCACACUAACAGCAGAAAUCUCAACGAUUUCCCCAUAGAUUGUUUGUCAGAAGAGGCAGCAGAAAUGUGGAUGUUUUCUAGAGAUGAAGAAUUUGAUGGUGCUAGAGUCUCUGCAGAAACAUGUACUGAGAGUUGUUCUGAUCCGGUUCCCAGAGAAGUAAAAUUUCCUCCGACGGUUGAAUCAGGAGUAGGCCUCAAUAGCAGCAGAAAUCUCAGUGAUUUCCCUAGAGACUGUGAGCUACAAGCAGCACUUCUUCAGCCAGUUUUCAGAAUGUCUGAAGACAGGCACUUGGGAUGCACUUACAAGGAAAAUGUGUACUCUAAUGAAGGAGUUUGUUUUUCAGCAGUGGAAUCGUGUGGACUAGUUGAUGAACGUGGUAAACAAGAACAUCUUUUGGAAGAUGUGGUUGCUACUUUGAUUAAUAAUUCCUAUGACAGUACUAGUUUUAAUCGCUGUGAUACUAGCAAAUCAUCUGUAACCUCAUUGGCAGAGACGACUCCUGAUACUAUUUCAGCACCAGAGGAGUGCAACACUAUGUCAGACCACCAAAGCAUGUUUGGUAUGACUUCAGUCCCCUCAUUGGAGAGCUUAGAAAGUGCAGCUGUUGAAGAUAAGCAACUACUCGAAUGUGCUUCUAAGUUGCUUGAAGAUAAGAAUGUCAAGAAGCCCAUAAACAGCAGGGGCAAGAAGGAGAAACCAAAGGGUAAUGAUAGACCGAGACCAAGAGAUAGACAGCUCAUUCAAGAUAGACUCAAAGUGUUGCGCAAAUUAGUCCCUGAUGGUGCAAAUAGUAGCAUUGAUGGGCUGCUAGACCAAACUGCAAAGCAUAUGAUGUUCUUAAAAAGCGUGACAGAACGAGCAGAGAAAAUGAAACACUUCAUAAGUCAAGAGGAUAAUGCUUCUGUAGAAGGUGGAAAUGACUUUAAAGCAUGCCCUAUUAUUGUAAAAGAUUUGGAACACCCUAAUCAAUUUCUGAUACAGAUGGUCUGCAAUAAUGAAGGAGCCUUCUUUGAGAUAGCAGAAGUAAUGCGCAAAUUAAAACUAACCAUCUUGAAAGGGGCCAUGGAAAAUCGUCGCAACAAGUGGACAAGCUUCAUAGUUGAAGCUUCAAAGGGGUUUAACAGAUUGGACAUAUUCUGGCCUCUGAUGCGAAUAAUACAGCAAAAUGGGAACUGGAUGACAGACCAACUGUGUCCUUAAAUAUGUAUUUCUUUUCGGCGUUGGCUAAGAAGUGGCAAUGAAGGAGAACAUGAUAGAGUGAUAUCUAAGUUAUUUACAAGAACGUAAACUCUAUGUUCAACAGUGAAAGAAAGUUGUUAGUAUGUACAAUAAGUCAAUUAGUUAGUAUCUAGCAAGCUAAAUUUAGAAGUCUUAAUACAACAGUUUCACUCAGAUCAGCUUCAUUAUUUGGAUGCAUAA